AUGUUUAAAAAACCAGCAGCAAAAGAAUCCUCUUACUUAACUUGGUUAUCAACAGCUUCCCAACUUUCUCCACCAUAUGAUUACUUCGACUUUGUCAAUACAUUUGUUGAAAGCAAGAAACGCGUUAAUCUUUGGUACAGCAACGCGAUGAAAAAGGCUUUAACUGAUGCAAAGGGAGAAGAAAAACAUAAUAUCACUCAAAGAAUCAACGAAUUUAACUCAAGAAAUACCAAAAUAUCAGCCUUUUCUAAAAAAUAUCAACAAUAUUGGUCUAAUCGAGAGGAAUCUGAAUCGUUAGAGAGGAUAGCAAAAAGACAAAGAAUAGCAGCUGAAGCAGCUAACGAAGCAGCUUGCUCCACCUUUGAAGCAUUAAUAAAUAAGGUAAAUUUUGGUAGAAUAGAAUGA